UCCACGUCCCGAUCUCUUCCGUUGGCUGGAAGGAUUUGUUUCGCAGAUUCGACAGAAAUAUUUCCGCGCAUAUGGAAAGAAAUUUCUAAUAAGACCAAACUAAGGGAUUUUAUUUAGUAAAAUGAUUGUCCACGGCAACCAAUAAUUUAGUAUUAGUAAGCCGUUUAGACGCGGGAGAGAUGGAUGAACAAACAGCAGGUAGUUCGGUGUUUAUGUGUCGGCUGUGCAACCUUUUCUCUCCCAGUCGCUCUCUGCUGCUUGCACAUUGUUCCCAGUUGCACCCUGAGCAGGAGCGUCAUGAUGACCUCAUCAUUGCACUUCAGCCUCUUGCAGCAGAGCCUUUGGAGACGCAGACAGAAAACCCUGUGAAACGGAAACGUGGACGACCUAAGGGCUCUACGAAAAAGACACGCAUAGAUGUGGCAGAGGGCGAAACUGAUUCCACCCAUUCUCAAGUGGUUGAUGUUCAAAAACAGGGAGGGAAGAAUCAGGAAGAGGUGGUCAUGAGAGGUGAAAGCAAUGCUGGGACACUGGGGUUGGAGUGUAGAGACUGUCAUCGUUCAUUCAGCAACAGACGACAGAUCCUGAAACACAUCUGUCUGAAAGAUGAACAGAUAGAGGAAGAGGAAGACAGGAGGGUCCAUGGUGGAGCAGAGGUUGAGGGGAGUUUAGACCAUGGGGGACCAGACACAAAUCAGGCCAAGCAAAACUCAGCAAAGCCAACUUUUGUGAGAUACAAAGACUUGUCCAGUUUCAGACCCCGAAGCCGCGUCUCUAAAGACGGGGGUCCAUCAACAGGAAACAAAAAGCCAGUAAUUAGUGUGGUUCUGACAGAGGAUGAAACACUUCCAGGUGUCUCGCAGAUGGUUCCAGUAGAGGAAACCUCAACAGAAACAGAGUCUGUUUCCAACCCUGCUCAGACUCAGCUGCCUGCAGUCUUCCAGAGUCAGUCACAAGAUCUUGAAAGUGAGGCAACAACCAAAGAAAUCCCUAAAACAGAUGAGCAAAGCUCUAACUUGUCAUCUACAACAACAUCAGCAACAAUCAGCAGAGGUUUCCAGGAAUAUUCUAUCAAGCAAGAUUCUACCAAUUUACUUCAGAGCCAGUUGAAGAUCUUCACCUGUCAGUUCUGUAAUAAAAUCUUCAAGUUCAGACACUCAUUGAUCGCACAUCUCCGGACACACACCCAGGAGAAACCGUUCCAGUGUCCUCACUGUGACUAUGCAUCCGCCAUUAAAGCCAAUCUGAAUGUUCAUCUGAGGAAGCACACAGGAGAAAAGUUCAGCUGCCAACAAUGCCCUUUCAACUGCCUCAGCCCUGGACACCUUAAGGUACACGUGGAGCGAGUUCACUUGAAGGUGAAGCAGCACUGCAGUUACUGUGAGAAAAAGUACUCAGAUGUGAAGAACCUUCUCAAACACAUGGAUAAACGACACAACCUGAAAGACCCUGCUGUCUAUCACAGCUACCAGCAACUGAGGCUAAAGACUCGUCAGGGCCUCAGGCAGCUCCUCUACCACUGUCCCACUUGUAACCGACGCUUCAAAAACCAGCUGCAGCGGGAGCGCCACAUGUUGAUCCAUGGGCCCCAGCGGCCCUUCGCCUGCCUCCUCUGUGACCACGCUGCGACCAAGAUGAGCGGCCUUGCUGCUCAUGUCAGGAAACACCUCUUCCUAUAUGUGUGCUGUGUGUGUGACGGGAAGUUUGUCAGCUCUCACAGACUGAAGACUCACCUGAAGGAGUCUCACUCUGAAAUGGAGCAGGAACAGACCUUCACGGACUGCAUCAACAGCAGCUACUACCUGACGCAGCCUGGAGGCACUAUGUGGGGAGAGGAGGAGAGGGAAGGCGUAGAGAAAGAGGCCGAGCAAAACCAAAGUGUAGAGGAGGAGGGUCAAGAUAAGAUAACAGAGGAAGUUAGAAGAAACGGUGUAGGUGGGGAGGAGUGGCAUCCAGAUGUGGCGGAGAGGGAGGUUCUGAGCGAUGAACGUGAAGCUCCGGGUGACGGAACAGAAGAAGUGCAGGUGACAGAGGGAGAUGCAGGAAAACAUGGAGAAUCAAAUAAUGGAGGUCCCGAAGAAGGUUCCCAAGGUGUUAAGGAGUCACUGCCCGACGUGGCUGCAUCUGAUAGCGAGGCCAGGCAUGAAGAGAACUCAGAGGAUCACGCUCAGGUUUUAGAAAACACACAUCCAGGCCUGUCUGACCUGAGUGAACCACCAGCAGCAGCGCCUCCUGGAGACGAGGACCAGUCUCCACAUUCAGACAAGGAUUCAGAGCUUUUCGAUCAGAAUGCCUUCCACCAGGUUAUUUCAUCUCUUCAGAAGACUCGGCUAAAUGUGGAGACUUUCCAACGACUCCGGAAAAUUUAUGGAGACCUAGAAUGUCAAUACUGUGGUAAACUGUUCUGGUACAAAGUCCACUACAACGUCCACGUACGAACGCACACCAAGGAGCACUCGCACUACUGUUCAAAGUGUAACUACUCAUCAAUCACCAAAAGCUCUUUAAAGCGGCACCAGAUCCAGAAGCACAGCGGUGUGAUGUUGCCUUGCUCACAUCCUGGCUGCACAUACACCACACCUGACAAGUACAAACUACAAGCCCACGUCAAGACCCACCAGGGACAGGGGAAGAGUGUAGAGUGCCCCGUCUGCCAGCACAGCUACCCAGAGCACAGACUGAAACACCACAUCAAAACAGCCCACCCUGAUUCAGUUCGUGUGCGGGGUAAAGGACUGAUGGUGCAGCGUGCAGAGAAGUGCCCGUACUGCGACUCCUACUUCCUAAAGAACAGCAGUGACUUUCAGCAGCACAUCUGGGCCCAUCAAGGUCUGAAGCCGUACGUCUGCAGCGUGUGUGACUACGCAGGCCGCAGCAGGAGCAACCUGAAGACUCAUAUGAAUCGACACAACACGGAGCGACGGCAUCUCUGUGACCUGUGCGGCAAAAAGUUCAAGUCUAAAGUCACCCUGAAGAGCCACAGGCUGACGCACACUGAUGAAGGCAAACCCUUUCAGUGUUCAGAGUGUGACUUCACAUCGGUCUCUAAACCUUCGCUACUCAGACACAUGGAGCAACACGCGGAUUUUAAGCCAUUCCGUUGUGCCCACUGUCACUACUCCUGUAAUAUUGCUGGUCCCCUCAAACGUCACUACAACAUGAAACACCCAGAUCAGAAAUAUGAAAACGCAGGACCUGGACUUCCCAACCCCGACUCUUUGAAACAGCAAGGCGGUAUGAAGUGUCCUGAAUGUGAAUUCGUAUAUGGCACCAAGUGGGAGCUGAACCGACACUUGAAGAGCAAGCACAGCUUGAAAGUGGUGGAAGGCGUGUGGGAGGUGGGGGAAGCGGUGGAAGCUCAGUAUGUGUCUGUGGAAGAUGAAGUGCAGGCAGCAGCAACUGUGGCAGCUGUGCACAAUAACGUUGAUAUCCAGCAGAUCACUGAAUUCAGUUCAGAGACUCAUGAUGCCGUCACCUCCAUGGUCGCCAUGGCCCCGGGCACCGUUGCUGUGGUACAACAGUUGCAGGUGGCAGAUGAACAGGAAGUUGGUAACUGUGGCAACCAGCUGAUGGUGGUGAACGCAGAGGGGGACCUGACCGGCGAACAGGUGAUGGUGGUGGAGGAUGCGCACGGCCUGGAGGCUCUGACGGUCCUCACUCAGGGAGAGGACACGCACCACUACAUCGUCUACGUCCAGGAACACACUGUAGAAAUCAACUAGUGGUACCUGACGUGCAGCAAUUGUAUCUGUGAGCAUCGGUAGAUCAGCUUAAAAUAAUAUAUGUAUCAAAAGCAAUAAAAGUACUGUAGGAAUAGCUAAAGUCCUCUUCACAAAGAUUUGUUUUUCUUGUUAAAUAUUUAGUUGUGUAAUUAUAUUAUAUAUUUUCUACUUACUAUUUAAAUAAAAAUCUAUUACUGUUUGCUAAA